AUGUCCACGUUGUACGUUCGCGAUGGCAUCUCUACGGUGCAACCACCGCUUCCACAGGCGGUGGGAUAUAUUGUCGUUGUCUUAAUUGGUAUUAUGAUCGCUUUGGUCAUGAUGCUUGUCACGAAGAUCUUGAAGAAGACUACGGGCGAAGAUAAUAAGAAAACUGAAAUGUUUAUGACAGCGAAUCGCACCGUGCGAACUGGUCUUACUGCAUCGGCCGUGAUCUCUUCUUGGUUAUGGUCGACUGCACUACUGGGUUCCUCUUUCGUCGGGUAUGACUACGGCGUCGCCGGGCCGUUCUGGUUUGCUGCCGGGUGUAGUCCUAUGAUCGUUUUCUUUGCCCUCCUGGGGAUUUCAUGCAAGCGAAAGAUUCCAGAAGCACAUACCUCCCUGGAGGUGGUGCGGAUUCGCUACGGCCGGACGGCUCAUAUCGUGUUCAUGAUCUUAUGCCUGAUCAAUAAUAUCUUCGCUUGUGCGAACAUGCUUCUUGGCGCAGCUGCUGUCAUUUCUGCCGUAUCCGGUAUGCAUAUCAUUGCGGCAACUUUCUUGCUUCCGGUCGGUGUGACGGUGUACACUUUUGUCGGAGGGAUCAAGGCAACGUUCCUGACGGACUACUUCCACACGGCGGUCAUCCUUAUCAUCGCAUGCUACUUUUCUGUCAAAGCGUUUUCUUCCGACCAAGUUGGCUCCGUGGGUAAUCUCUUCGAGCUUCUCAAAGCUGCUGCCGAGCGUCACCCUGUCUCCGGAAACCAAAACGGGACAUACUUGACCAUGACAUCAAAGAGCGCAAUACUAUUCGGCAUCUUGCAUACUUGUGGCAACUUUGGCCUGGUCGUUAUGGAUACUAGCUAUUUCAUCAAGGCCUUCUCCGCAUCUCCCGCGGCGGUUGUCCCCGGCUACACCAUCGGUGGAAUUGCCUACUUUGCUAUUCCUUGGGCUCUGGGGACGGUGAUGAGCUCUGUUGCCCUCGGUCUAGAAAACCAGCCCAAUUUUCCGACAUAUCCUCGACGAAUGACGACAUCCGAGGUCAGCGGUGGCUUAGUCCUUCCAUAUGCAGCGAUCACCAUUGCAGGUAAAGGUGGUGCAGCUGCUGUCCUCCUUAUGACUUUCAUGGCUGUGACCUCUACCCUUUCGGCGCAAGUCAUUGCGGUCAGUUCAAUUCUCAGCUUUGAUGUGUACCGCGAGUAUUUCAACAAAUUUGCGACCGACCGCGAUUUAAUUCGGUCUAGUCACUUCGGCGUCAUCUUCUUUGCUGCUUUCUCCGCCGGAUUUAGCACCAUGCUGCACUAUGUUGGCAUUGACCUUGGUUGGACUUUGUAUAUGCUAGGAGUGGUUACCUGCCCUGGGAUCUUUCCAAUGGUAUUCACUGUCCUCUGGCGUCGUCAGAGCAAGGCUGCAGCCAUUCUGUCCCCAAUUCUGGGCCUAACAACCGGCCUCGCCGUCUGGCUCGGAACAGCUGCCCACUUCGGAGGCGAGGUCUCCGUCGCAAGUACGGGUGAAGUACUCCCUUGCAUGUACGGCACAGUGGCAUCUUGCUUCUCGCCAAUUCUUUAUUCAGUUUUGAUCACGCUUCUCCGGCCGCAGAACUAUGACUGGGCCGAUUUCCGGAAAGAAAAGCUCGCGCUUGAGAAGUUGGAUAGUGACUUGACCACAUCCCAUGUCCACUAUUCGCCCGGUCGCAGUGAAAAAAAUAGCACCGAGGAUGGAGGCCAUAUUGCUGCCAUACAAUCGAAAGAGCUGAAGCGAUGGGGUCGCAUCGCGGCUGUCUGGUCUACCGCAACGUUCUUGGGUCACUGGGUGAUUUGGCCCUUGCCGAUGUAUGGAUCUCGCUAUGUUUUUGAGAAGAAGUUCUUUAUUGCUUGGGUUGUGGUUGCUAUCAUUUGGCUUUGGGGCACGAUGCUCGUUGCGAUUUUCUACCCUCUCCUCGAUGGUGGAAUCCAACAGGUCCAGCAGGUCUAUAAAGGCAUGACAGGAAAAGCAGAAAUUGUGACUGGUAGUGUCGAUACUAAACAGAACGUUGACACAAGCAUAUCCCCGUCUUCGCCAUCUGCAGGAUCGAUCAGUGAAAGUCCUCAGGGUCAGGGGUCCAAGAGCGAAACUAUAUAA